AUAAAUUGUAACAAUAAUAGAAAACAUGUUAGUUUUAUAUUGAGAAUUUGAAAAUAAAUUCUAAAACGAAAAAAAAAAUUUUUUGGCGAAACACCCCUUUCUACGAAUCAUAGAGAAUAUGUAGAAUAACUUUUUGGUAAAAAUGCUAAUAUAAUGCAGAAUUUGUAUUUAAGAAAACUAAUACAGGGUGUCCUUUACAAAAUUCAGCUAUUUAUAUAAACCCGUGUGGUAUAUACUUGUGGUAUAUGCUUACAAACAUGAGAUUCCUUGUUAUAGUAUGUAUUUACAAACAUGAGAUUCCUCUUUACAAAAAUGAGUUUCUUCGUCAUAUGCUUGUGGUUAAGGCUUUACAGUUCACAAAUACUUAUAAUAUAGUUUGUUACUUUGAUUGAACAAUGGAGAUUUAUUUGUUUAUUUGGUUAAUACAAUCUAUAUAUUUAGGUGUAGCAGGUCAGUUAUGUCCCAACCAAAAGAGCUUCAAGCGAAGAAAAAGCUAUAAAAAUUGUCUUCAGUCAAGCAAAAAUGCAUGCACUGGGCUCUCUAUUGUUCCCAAACUCUGGGUGGGCACCAACGGGAGAGUGCGAGAGCUACAAACUCGUCCGAGAUAACAACGACUCAUUUCUUGAUUUUCCGGUACCGAAGACUUAUGGAGUGCUCCAUCAUCAGACCAGUUUAGGGGUUCCUGUUUUGUCGGAGGUAAAUGGAUUAAACAACAAUUCGGUCGUGAUCAAGAAGCUUAAUCACAAUGCCAAUGAGCGUAACCGUCGCCAGAAAGCCAACGCUUUGUUCUCAUCUCUUCGUUUAUGUCUUCCAAGAUCAUAUCAGUCGAAGAAGCUAAGUAAUCCCGAGACCGUUUCGCGGAGUGUGCUGUACAUACCUGAGCUGCAAGAGGAAGUGAAGAAGCUAAUACAAAAGAAGGAAGACCUCUUGGUGCGGGUAUCGGACCAAAGAGAACAUUACGUUAAGCCGGAACCAAAGGUGGCUGCUAGUUAUUUCUCCACCGUUUUUGCGACUAACCUUGUAGACAACAAAGUGACGGUCCAAAUCUCAUCGUCCAAGAUUCAUAAUUUUUCGAUAUAUAAUGUGUUGAAUGGACUAGAAGAAGAUGGGUUUGUUAUCGUGGAUGUUUCAUCUUCGAGUUCUCAAGAAGAAUGGCUCUUCUACACUUUACAUCUUCAAGUAGACAAGAUUGAUAGUUACAAGCUAGUUUGCGAAGAUUUAAGUCAAAGGGUUCUGUACUUGUAUGAGAAAUGUGGAAACUCGUUUAAAUGAUCAUUUGUUCUUGUUUCGUUUUAUGUGUCGUCCUUUUCUACAGAUAAGCUGUCAUUCUUGAUUAAUGUUUUGUAACGCAAGAGAUCAUGCUAAUCGUCUGUGUUUCGUUUCUAUAUUAUCGGAUGUUGACUUGAUUAAUGUACAACUUGUACGUAGUUGAGUUGAUUCUGUUUUUUUUGGUCAAAGCCAAUGAUCGAUUACUAGUAAACUACCACUAAGUUCGUAUUACAUCAAUAAAUUUCAGUUUUGACUGCGAUUUAAGAAUAGCAGUUAUAAUUUAUGUAAAUACUUUUCUGGUGGCAAAAACCCUUUGAUUAUUCCAUCUACUCUUCUUGUUUAAACCCUAUAUUUUAUAACAAAAGAAAAUAUGAGAAAAGACAAAAGAUAUGUUAAAAAAAGGAAAAAAAAGGUGUUUUAGAAGAUUCGGUUAGCCAUUAUUUAUUUAAGAGUAUUUAAUAGAUGGUCCUGCCAUUUAAAUACUUAUUUCGAAUCAUUAAAUACAUGAUUAAUGAGAGCCUUUUGGUUGGGUAUCCAUUGAUCUUGGAGAUAUAUUACUCCAAAAAUAACAGAUUGCAAAACUAACCAAAAACAAUUGUGGUUUUGUAUUUAUUACCGCCUCGUGAAUAUUAUAAAGUCUAGCAGCAAACAGAUUAUUAGUGAAUCUGGUGAUCUAAGCUUUUUCUACUCGGAUUACUAUUUAAUAGUGAAUCUGAUGACCUACGCUUUUCUAGUCGGAUAUACUCUAUAGAUAGAUAGUGCAUUUACAUGAUAGAUUAUCAACCUUUGUUAAUUAAAUUAAUAAUAACUAGCCUAACAUUUAUGUAACAUAGUUUACAA